AUGGCACAAGAACAAGAGCUAGCGCCCCUCGCUUUGAGGUCUCUCCCUAGUAAACAGCCCAAAAGAUCUCCUCCUCUUCCAUCCGAAGGCCGUCUGGGAAAUGCAGAAGAGCAGAGACAAAAGAUGGUAUUUGCAACUCUGGGCAAUUAUGCAGGGCUCAAGGCCAUUGGGCUCGUCAUCAGAUCCAAAGAUGGCCCAAGAUUCGUCUUUCAUUACCCUGCGCACCCCUCCAACAAAGCAGCCGAGCGCGAGCUGCGAUUUGGCACAGAACUAGACCCCGAACCUGUUGAGGACGACGACCUUUCCAAUGACAGCGAUGAGUCUGACCUCGAGGAGAGCGAUUACUCCGCCUUGCCAGCAUUGAGCACGCUCAACAUCACAGAAAAGGUGGGGUCCCAGAAAAGGAAGUUGGAUCACGAGGACCAGCCAAAGGGCGACGAUCACUUCGACAAUGAAGACGGAGAGCAUGUAGUCCCAUGGGAACACGUAUUCGAGUUUCCUACCACCGAUCUAGAGAGUAUCUUAACUCCUUCAAGGGCCUUCCACAAGAAGAAAUUUGAACUCUCUCUGGAUCCUCUACGCUUCGUUACGUAUCCAAUGCACAUUCGCGAAGAUGGAACAUGGAAGAAGAAGAAAAAGAUCAGGAAAUCUAAGAAGUCUAAGAAAGAGGGCAGUGGUGAUCCGGAAGGCUCAGAAGAAAAGUCUGAUGAAGCGAAGAAGCCAAGUGAUGAUAGCUCUGAAGACGGCGAUGAUACUGGUGGCAUGACGAUGUUCAAUGUGGUUUUCAUACUCAAUCUUCCGAAGGAGGAGCAAGACCAAAGGAUCCAUGAGAUCUACGAGCACAUUAUCAAAAAGUUCAACAAGGCCAUGAAUCAUGCACAAGCCUCUAGCAAUUUUGUGUGGAAAGAGUCCGAGAUGAUCCUGACUAUGAAGGAAAAGGCCCGCGAAGAGCGUCGUCCUAUGAGUUGGGUAUGGAAUGAAAUUUUACUUCAAUCUACCUUGGCUGCUGCCAUCCGGGAUGUCUUCCUUGCCAUCUCGAACAAUAAGAUCGCUAUCCUUCGUCUAGCCACAAGUCCACCCCUAGAAUUGUCCCUCCAAAUCCCCGUCCCUCCUUAUCUUACCAGCUUGCCUAAUCCAGAUGAAAGGGCAAUGCUUGGCCUACUCCUGACUUCCGCCAAUCCUAUAAUCGAUGAGGAAGGAAAUGAAGACCCGACACAUUUGAACAAGCACUUUGCUCUCCUCCUUCUUGAUGACGAGACUAAAAUCAUCUCCGAAAUCCAAGCUGACAAUACUGAGCUUUCUGCUCCUCUAAUCGAGUGUAUUCGACUCUGCAAGCCAACCCUAUCCUUCCUCCAAGUUGCUCAAACCAACUCCAUAGAAGUCAACAGCUUACUCAUCUUGGCCCAACAUCUUAUUUACUGGCGCAAAGCCAUUGCGAUCCCUCCCCUCCACGCUCGCGAAACGUACAUCGUCUCCCCCAACUGCGAUAGCCGCAAACUACCAGAAGCCAGCGUAGCAUGGCGAAAAGCUUUCCCACUCGCUCCCUCCCUCCCCAGUUUCCUAGCCACUCUGUCUGCAGCUCCACGGCCAUAUAAGACAUUCCCACCCAGCAAAGACCACCGGCAAACCUACAUCGACAUGCUCGCCUGGGCCAUCCGCGGCGGCUGGGCAUCACAGCUCCGAACCGUAGCCUGGAUCUGCGUCUGGCCUGAAAUCCUCUACGAAGUACAAUAUCAGCUCCAAGCCGAAGCCCUUGAAAAGGCAAAGCACAAGAGCCAGGCAUCAAGCCAGUCUGCCGAAUCGACCGAUGAGUCUGGUAAUGAUAAGAAGCCUGUUGAUCCGAAUGCGCCCAUGACGACUGAGCAGGCUGCUGAACAGGCACGCUUGUAUCGCCUGGCGAAAAAGGCGGAUGAGGAUGCGAAGGAGUUUGCCGCUGAGUUCGCGAAGAUGCCAACGCCGAUUGCUACGAGUCAUCCUUCUAAUAACCGUGCUGCGCAUUUGAAGACUAUGGCGCCGUAUAUCAUCAAGGAUCCGCAUAAAGUCAGCCAUGAAGAGUCGCUCUACAUUGCUGCGCUCGGGAAGCGUUGGACGGAUCCGAAGGUUAGGGAGUGCUGGUUUAGGUUUUCGGGCAAGUAUUUUAAUGGGAGGGAAGCGCUUGAGAUGAUUGCAUUGCAAGAGGGUAUGAAGCGGAAGGAGACGUGGAGUAUUCUUAUGCACUAUCAGGAGAAUAUUCUGGUAUGUAAACAUUGGUGA